GCCGAAACCUGCACUGACAUUGCUUUUUUUUAUAACCAUUUUCAACAUUUACAUUGAAUCAUCAGAUUGGUGAUUCUUAUUUCAUUCUUUUAUGGCAUCGAACGACGACCAUGAUUCAGGUGCAGGUUCAGGCUCCGCAUCCACCUGGAGUGCCAGCCUGAAAGGCCUACGAUCGAUUUUUCCAGGGUAUGGUUCAAAGUCUGACGAAGAUAACACCGUCAUUGAUCCGGAUCCGAGCAGUCAUCAGGUUACAGAUUAUCAGGAAGGGGAACGACGAGAUAUUAACAACGGCAAAGUCAUCAAGCUUGAGGAAUCGCGACAGCAAAAGCAGACUGAACCCGAGCCUGAAGCUGAAAGAGAGAGAGCGCCAGAGACAACAACAGCAUUGCCACAACGUGAAGAACCAGCAGUCAUGACGACAGACCAAGGCCAACCAGUCAAUGAUACCCCAAAUACGAAAGAUCACCCAAUCGUUACCACGCCUAAUACAGCCAAUAUGACAACAAUACCACCACCAUCGCUAUCACCGCCAUCUCUCCCGCCAUCCAAGGUGGAGCGAGUUUCCAGCAAAGUUAUGACGUCAAUAUCGAGCACUACCUCGAAACGCAAAAGGAACUUGGUUCUGCCGGACUAUUACGAACAAUUCUCUGAUGCCCAACCCAGUCUCUUAUUGACAGUCCCUGUGGGAUCAACAGAUUUAGCCUUAGUUGGGCAGGAAGGGAAGCGAGGAGUCACAUCCAGCACAAAUACAACAUUUUCAGGGCGAAUUUAUUCCUCAAUGAAAAGUCUAUUUUCCUCAAUGGGAUCCAUGCUUUUCCGCACAGGAGCCACGGACCCUUCCGUACCUAAGAAUACCAUCCCUCAGCGUGGAACACAGGGGAUCCGAAAGGUUGUUAUUAUCGGAGUCCAUGGCUGGUUUCCUCGGAAGGCACUGUGGACCGUCAUUGGAGAGCCUACAGGAACAAGUCAAAAGUUUUGUGAGGAGAUGGACCUCGCCCUUAAGGAAUAUCUUGAAAAACACGGAAAACACUUGGACUCUGACGACGUGACAUUGAUCCCAUUGGAGGGCGAGGGCAAGGUUUUGGACCGUGUUGAGAUCUUGCACAAAAAGUUUAUCAACCACCAGAAAUGGAGACACGCUGUUCAUGAGGCGGAUCUUGUCUUGGUUGCAACACACUCUCAAGGGACUCCCACCAGUAUCUUGCUGAUAGCCAAGUGGAUUAAAGAGGGGAUUUUAAGAGUGCAAGAAGACGAUCCAAGGAUUCAGAGGAUUGGCAUCUUGGCCAUGGCAGGGAUCUCCCAUGGCCCAUUCCCUUUUUUGAAAGGAAACUUAAUUGUUCGCUGGUUUGAACGGGAGGCUGCAGGAGAGCUUUUCGAGUUUAUGGAUUCAGAGAGCUCAAUUGCCAAGAAGUAUCGGGAAGGGCUAAGGAUUGUUCUGACAUCUGGUGUCCGCUUAACUUGUGUAGCAUCAUUAGA